AUGUCGGAUAAGGGGAGGGGAAGAAGUUCCACUUUGGUUAAAUUCAUCCUCACCCAGCACGUGCAAACCGAUGAGCACAACUUCAAGGCAACAGUCCAGAAUCUAACUGGAAUGAACGCGAACGUUUGCGGGCUCUCGCCGGAAAUUUCAGCCGCGGCCGGCGGGCAGAUGGUAUACUGCGAGGGUCCUGGCCAGGAGGGCACGAUGAGGCUGCCAGAGGAAAUAAUUGAUGGAGGUCUCAAGGCGGAGAAUUUGGGGAAGGAGGAUUUCUGCAGGUGGAUCAUGGAGCUGCCAUCUGUGGAUGAACAAGGUCUGAGGCGACCUUAG